GUACUUAAAGAGUACUCUUUUACGUUCAACUAAGGCGGUUUAUCCUUUUGUUUUUCCUAUCCAUUCGCAUUAAGAGGAACAUCAUGGGCAACGCAAUUGAUAAGACUUGCCUCCCCGCGUGCGUCCCACACGAGGGCUCUGCCGCUGAGCAAUGCUGCGCACCGAAGCAGCGAGACAGUCGCGACCUCCGCACUACCACUGGCAGUCUAGCAGAUGGGAUCACCAACAAUCCUGAAAACAACCCCUACGGCGUCCAUUCAUCGGUAUGUGGACCGUUCAGAUGUGGUGCUUUCGCAGAUCCACCAGGUUCCUUCCGGAUAUACCACAGUGCGGUUGAAGCGAGAAGGGACGCCAAACGCCUCUGGAAACAGAGAAGAGUCGACGCGGCAUAUGACGCUUUCAAUCAAGCCUUGGGUCUGUUGGAGGUGGAGGUAGUGCCUGCGGGAGCGGGUGGAGAGGAGGUACUACUUAGAGAGCGAUUAUUCUUCAUAGUACGGGGAAGCAUGCGAAGAGAAAUGUAGCUAAGUAUCCUCUUUGGACGACGACGUUACUAUUUCGAAGAGAAACGUAGCUAAGCAUCCUCUUUGGACGACAACUUUUUUACUUUUUUUAUCACUGUUGACUUACAUUUUCACUCGUACAACGCCCUUCUUCAGGUCGCAAGCAAUGCCCGGACCAAAAUCGUAAACGGGUCAUCAUCGGAACAAGUUCUGCGACUAGGCGAGGCGUUGGGAAGCGCUACAGCCGGAGGAGCUAUGUCAUCGUCCGGUGGUCUGGCGCAGUUCAAAGCUGAGCUAUAUGAUGAAGUUGCAGAUUUUCUGUUUGAGAAUCAUGCAAAUCCAGAUCCUGCGACGAUGUUGUACGAUAAGGCAUGCAACUGCGAGCCAGGAAAUCCGAAUAGGUGGUACAAGAAGUUAUGAAGAAGGCUACGUUCAUGUCGAUGUUGAUCAGAAUCGGUCCUCCUGUGAUGUGGAAUAUGUGCUACUUACUUACUUACUUACUUACUUACUUACUUACUUACUUACUUACUUACUUACUUACUUACUUACUUACUUACUUACUUACUUACUUACUUACUUACUUACUUACUUACUUACUUACUUACUUACUUACUUACUUACUUACUUACUUACUUACUUACUUGUAAAAUGAGAGAAGUCGCAAAAAAUUCCACGUGAUUUGCAGUUGUGGAGCCGUUAUGAAGUACUACAAGUAAGUACAUAGCGUGCCUCAGCAGUUUCUAACGACCGGCGUCUGCCUCCAAAUGCAAGGAAGAUACUCACUGGCGAUGCAGAACUUCAACAAAGCGCUUGCCAUAGAUCCAAGACACAAAGCGGCGCGGUUCAACCUAGGAGUGGUGCAUUUCAAUACCGCGGAGUUUGUCACAGCACUAGAAAUAUUCACCCAACUCCACGACGAAGAGGAAACGGCGAGGGCGGAAAAGGGGAGAGGAAAGGGAGGCCCAGCACAGGACUCUUAAGUAAAGGGAUCAAAAUCAUUCGUGCUCAAUGGCAUCUUGGGGUGGUCCUGAAAGCGAAUAAAUCCCGUUCAAAGAUGUGUUUCAAAAUGGAUUAUACGAUUUUACUUGAAGCAAAGACGAGUGCUCUGGCUCUAUUGAUAUAUUUUUUUGUUUAAAGAGAUGCGACGACUUGGUCUUCUUCGGUUCAAAAUCAAGUGUAUUAGGAUUUUAUUUUUGCUCUUGAAGUCUCAGAGUAGACUUAGUCUCUGACUCUGUCUAAUGUGAGCUACGCAGCGGUCGCAGCGAUCACAGUGUGGAGGAGGUAGUAAACCUGCUAACGAUGAUGGCAGACUGCCACGAGCGACUCGAAUCACCAGCAAAAGCGGCAGAAUUUCUGGAAAAAGCUCUUCGAGUUGACCCCUACAAUCGAACUGCACAGAAACAGUUGGAGUACCUAGAGAUGACAAAGCUGGCUCCUGUGUUUGGAGACACUAGGACAGGAGGUGGUCCUGGAGGUGGAGGGGCGAGGAGAGGCGGAACUCCUAGUGGAGGAAAUCGUGUUGGAGGUAGCAACGGCAGUGGAGGUGAUGUAAUCCAAACAGCAGCUGGAAGUUCAGCAGGUGAUGCGGACUUACCUGAGCUAACCCAUGGGUCCGCAGCAGUCCUCGACCACAUGAACAGUAGAAACGCUCCAGCGUCUGGGAAGUUUCGUCGCUUUUUUAGUUCGUCGGGUCGUGCCUCAGGAGCAGGGCACAUCAUGGUCGAUUCAGAGACGGUCACUGUUGGAUGUUACUGAUGAACUCACAAAGACUGGGCAUCGGCAUGUAAAAGUGGAUCAUAGAAGAUGAAAUCAAAGUACAACACUCGAGACUCACUUGUAGAGCUGGAAAUUGAG